UAAUACAUCUUCUCCCUCUGCUAGAUCUUGUCAUACUUGCAGUGAUUGCUUUAUUUGGGAUGCAUUUGGUCAUGUCUUAGAAAGAUUGUCUCCUAAUAGGAUCAGAAGAUUUUUCUAUUAAAAAAUUGUAUAUUCCAAGGUCACUUAAUGCAGUAAAGGUGGUCAUAUAUUGAAAUGAGAUGUCGGUUGCCAUGAUGUUUUUCAUGUUGAAGGUGCCAAUUCCAGUUGGUUGGCUUUAAAAAUGCAGAUUUGGAUUUUGCUUUUCACACCAGGUCAGCAUUGCCUUCUUCGUGUAGCAAUAGACAACUAUUCACUCUCAUCUUCAGAAGAGAGGUAUCGAGCAUUAGUGCACAUGAUAUCAGGCUUUGUAUAGUUGCGUGUAAGAGCAUCUCCUGUCUCUAUGGGGUAUAGUCAGCAGACAUUCCAUCCCUGUGGACCCGUUGCACCACAGUGGGGACCACCACCAUAUGGUCUGGUUCAGAAUCCGUGUUAUGACUCUCGACAGAGAGGACCAUAUCCGUCACCUAGUGCACAACAACACCCUGCUCCAGUAUAUGGAAGUUACCCUUCACAUCAACCUCCUCCCAGAAGUGGGUUUGGACCAAGUUGGGAGCAUAGGCUGCCAUCACCUAUGCAGCAAGGUCCACCACCACCACCUCAGGCAAACUACAGUUAUGGGCAACCUCAACCCUUCUACCAGCAGCAUCAGCCACAACCACAUGGACAGAGUUAUGGAUAUCCUGGUCAAAUGCCACCACCCACGAUGCCACAGCAAAUGGCAGCUUAUCCUCUAGGCGGUUUCACUGGCGAUCAGUAUGGUAAACCUCCAUCAUAUGGUCUGAUGAUGCAGCAGCAGGCCCAGGCGUCUCAUGCCCAACAGCAACAUUACAGCCAGCAGCCUCAGGCGUCUCAUGUCCAACAGCAACAUUACAGCCAGCAGCUACCUAGGGGAGGUAGCCAGUCUGCUGAGGUCCUUCCCACCUACAUGGCAUCAUCUCAUGGAUAUGGUGUCAACAUGCAACAAUAUCCUUACCCAUCAACUGGGGGGCCUAUGCAGCAGGCAUACCUGGCGGGCACACCAUGUGGUCCUGCUGCCCCUUCCGGGGAUGGUUACAGUCAACACCCACAACAACUAUCGUCAGGUCCUGUUUAUCCUCAGCAGCAGCAGCAGCCACCUGCCGCAUAUGCUCAAUCUGGGCAACAACUCCCUGUUGCCACUACAUAUGGUUCAUCAUAUCCUUCACAACCACCAGCUGACAAUAGUGUUGCAGGCUAUGGAUAUCAGGCACAAGCACCACCCGCAGAUCCAUAUGUCGGUAGUAGCAUCUCUCAUCAGUGUACAGCUGCUACUUACAAUGCCCAGCCAUGCUAUGCUCAGGUUCCACCUCCUGCUACUCAUACUGGCUAUGAUCAAUCAGUUGCUCAGUCGGGUGGUUAUGUAGUUACUCAACCUACAACACAAGCAGCAGCAGCCACAGGUUAUGGCAGUAGUGCGUGAUGUUUGUGGUGCACCAUGCUGAUUAUUUUGUAAUGAAGCUGGGCUCUGACAAAUAUCUUUUACCUUGCAGUGUUGACAGUACAUGCACUUUUGCCAGAAAAUUUGUAUCUUACUCUUUUGAUAGCUCCUGCGUUAUUGCCUUCCAUUUACAUUUAUUUAGGGGUCAUAAGUUUUGUGUAAUCCUUGAUAGAGAACAUGUUUUGUUUGGACCUGCUUUCUGACGUGAAUUUGAUAUUAUGGGUUUGCUUUCUUUGCCUGAACGGAUUGGUUUUGAUCUACUUAGAAUAAAUUUUGGAUAUGAUA